UCUUCCCAAUUCCCUCAUAAAACUCAAAACCCCACAAUCAAUUUCCAAAAUUAGGGCUUCUAAAAAUCCCCAAUUCAGUUGUGCGAAGUAGGAGAGAAAUAAAGAAGGAAAAAUGAUUGAGGUGGUGUUGAACGACAGGUUGGGGAAGAAAGUGCGUGUAAAGUGCAACGAAGAUGACACCAUUGGAGACUUGAAGAAGCUUGUUGCUGCUCAGACUGGUACUCGCUCUGAAAAGAUACGAAUUCAGAAGUGGUACACAAUUUACAAGGAUCAUAUCACGCUCAAGGAUUACGAGAUUCAUGAUGGCAUGGGUCUCGAGCUCUACUACAAUUGAUCACCUUCUUCUUCUUCAAGGCUGAUGGAGCUCCAGGCAUGAACGUAUUGUUUUUUACUAAUUCUAUAACCAAAGAUGAAUUAUUACUGUGUUCAGUGAGCAAAUAAGUUGCAAUAGCCUCUCGCCUUGAUUGUGGAGUGACAGUAGAAGUGCAUUCUAAGAUAUGUGAUUGUCUAAAACAUGUAAUCAUUCAGUACUUGUACUUUGCCUCUUCUACUGAUUGUCUAUAACAUGUAAUCAUUCAGUACUUGUACUUUGCCUCUUCUACUGAUUGUCUAUAACAUGUAAACAUUCAAUACCUGGUUUACAUGUAUAUAUAUAGCAGAUGAUGUGUUGAUGCUGUGAA